GCUAUGUGAAAAGGGGUCACCAGUACAAAAGUUUGAGAACCACUGGUUUAAAUAUAACCCAUGAGUUGGUUGAACGCUAUGGGUCUCUCUUUCUAGCAACUCAGUCAUUUAAAAUAAUAUAUUUACAAAAUAAACAAGGGUCUAAUCAAAAACUGAAAUGUUUCAAGGGUUCACAAACCUCCACAAUACUUUAGAACAAGCGUUUGCGCUAAAGAAAUCAAACAUGUAAAAGCUCUGGGUAUUUGUAGGGUGCUUACUAUGGUUGUGAUACACCCAACAACCCCCAAAUUUUAAGCAUGAAAGAAAGAUGCUUAAAAAACAAACAAGCCCCAGACAUUCAUUGAUAUCUGCAAGGGGCCCCACACUUGGGAAUGGGUACAGUAAUGUUAAGGAUUGUUGUGUAUGGUGAUUUAAUGUUUAAUACUGUAAGAAGGCCCCAAAGAAAAAUGUAUUUUAACUACAAGAAAAAAAAUUAGCCAAAAGCAGCCCAGUUGUGCAGACAACUUAAUUCCCCCUGCCCAGAUCACAAAAGGGAAUGUUAGGGGAGGAGGGCCUAAAGUCCUUAAGUAUCUAUUAAUUCAGAGUUGUGAUGAUCGAAUCUACCUGCUAACUACAGACUUUUGAAAUCUGUUUGAAACAAAGAGUUAGGCUGGUGUAAAAAUCUCAGUUUUUUUGGAGACAGUUUCUGUUGAAAGAGGACAAUCUUGAACUGAAUUUCUGCUGGACUGCAAGAGGAGGCGUUGAAUGACAUGAUACAGUGUGGCCAGCGUGUUGGGAAGACAAUGGUGUUGGAACAGGAAUGUCUCCAUGCUGAAUCUGAUGGCUGAAGAAGCCCCCAAGGACCCCUCAAAGCCCAUCGGUGCCUGUGAGGAGACGAAACCUCCCCAACGGAAGAGUUGGCAAAAGAGCCCACAGCAGAAGCAGGAGCUGUGUGUGCCUCAGCCCUUCCGUGCCGAUUCACCAUCCCCUUGUAACGCCUCCUGCUUUAUGAGGCCAGACUCGGAGGAGAAAGAGGCCCUGGAGUACAUCAACGCCUUUCUCACGAGCAAUGAACAGGACGAGGCCAAGAAACUCAAGUUCUUGGAUUCCAUCAGCACCCUCAGCAGCCUGCCUGCUUUUAUGGGCAAAGCCCUGCUAGUGGAGAAGAUAAAGGAGCUGAUUGAUCACGAGUCCGUCGACUCCCUGACCGGCGUGAUGCGUCAGCAAGCAAUGCUCGCCAUCAUGAAGCUGAGCAAAAUGAAGCUACCGUGGCUGGUCCUGACACGACCCAGCCUGCUCGCCACCUGCUUCUCCAGCAUCUUCUCCCUGCCUCCAGCACACACCAUGGAGGAGGUGGAGGCUGCUCUCUGCACCAAAACUCUGAAAACCAUGGAUGAGAUGCUGAAGGCCUUGGUGUGCGAGGAUCAGGAGCCCAACCUUCUGGUGCUGCAAAUCAUCUUGAAGGUCCUGCUCCCCUGGACUACAUCCAAGGAGGUGCAUGAGCGGCUGAGGGCAGUGGGAAGGAUCACCUGGCUUAUGGAAUUCAUGGGGUCUCAGUGCAAAUUCCAGGAAGUGGAGGAGUUCAGCGUCCUGGGCCAGCUGGUGGGGUGUCUCACUCUGUGCUGUGCGGAGCAGGAGCAGGAGAUCUGGCAAUUGGCUGUGGAGGGCCUUCACCACGUCUACUCCUUCAUGCUGCAGCUAAAAUCCAAAAUGCCGGUGAAUCACGGUGCAGAGUAUCGGCAGCUCCUCCACGACAGUCAAACUGAGAGAGCCUUCUGGGUCACCAACAUCAGCAAUAUCACAUCGAUUUUUGGGGAGUACUUCGACACGUCUGAGUGCAUGGACUUCCUCCUCGUUGCUAUCAAGGGCAUGAGAGACUCCAGCAUCCAUGACGCACUGACGGCCAGGAACAUGCUGCAUAUGAUCCUGGAGGUUCCCGGCCUCAGCUUGGGGAGGGUGUCAGAGGCUGUGAAGAACAUUCAUAACCACCUGGACUCCAUCAGCACGCCACUUGCCCGGCAGGAGCUGCGCAGGGCCCUUCUCCUGCUGGGCUACCGGUUCAGCAAGGAGGUGGUCGGAACCCUGCUGGGCUGCUCACUGUCAUGUGACAGUGUUGCUGCGGAGAUGUGGAAGAUGCUGACAUCCCAGCCCAAGACCACAAGAAAGAUCCUUGGGGAGCUGGUCAGCAUGCUGCAGGAGCCGGCUCGGCGACAGCAUCAGCUCUCUGAGAGACCAGCUGGCGUCCCCCCCUUGGCCGUUUCCGAUCAAACUGGAGUGCAGCGCCAACUCAAGCGCCUUACAGAAGUCUACCUGCAGGCCACAAGAGCCCUGUAUGAGAUCUUCCAGGAGCAGGCCUGCAGGCAGGAGGUGAAAGAGCUCUUCCCUCAGCUUUACAUCUCUCUGCUCUUCCACAUCACCUACACAGUGCAGUACACUGCUUCGCACGAGAAGGAGCAUAACCAGGAGGACACGCCCACACCCCUCAGCCCCGUCAGGUUCGCGGUGAAGGUCAUGAAAGUUUUGCUUCGAUGUGCUGGCUACAAGGACCAGGUCACCUUCAUGAUGAAGCAGGGCGGCUGGGACCUGCUCAUGAGGUCCGACACACACCACAAAGGCGUCUGCCUGCUUGCCCGGCGUUGAAUGACAUGAUACAGUGUGGCCAGCGUGUUGGGAAGACAAUGGUGUUGGAACAGGAAUGUCUCCAUGCUGAAUCUGAUGGCUGAAGAAGCCCCCAAGGACCCCUCAAAGCCCAUCGGUGCCUGUGAGGAGACGAAACCUCCCCAACGGAAGAGUUGGCAAAAGAGCCCACAGCAGAAGCAGGAGCUGUGUGUGCCUCAGCCCUUCCGUGCCGAUUCACCAUCCCCUUGUAACGCCUCCUGCUUUAUGAGGCCAGACUCGGAGGAGAAAGAGGCCCUGGAUUACAUCAACGCCUUUCUCACGAGCAAUGAACAGGUACUAAGAGCCCUCCUCUGACCUGUCAGCUAGUGCCCUGUCCACAUGCACCAUCCGCCCUUCUCCGGGAGAUGCAUGGAUUCUAAGGCCAGAUGGGACCACUGUGACCUCCUGUAUAACACAGGCCAGUGACCAGCCGCCAAAUAAUUCCUGUUUAAACUAAAGCAUCUUAAAAAUGUCCUGCCUUGAGUUACAAAAGGUCACCCAC